AUGUCGAGGAGUUUGCUUAUAAAUUCUUUAGAUUUGGUUGAAAAAUUCGAUGGCGUAAAGUGGGUUCGUCGAGGGGAGAGCGGAAAGGGACUGCCGUCGCGUCUCCGAGUGUCGCUUGGCCGAGCAAAGCACUCACUCGUCAGUGCCAAUAAGAAAUUGGAUUUCGAUGAAGAAACUUCAGAAUUGAUCGAAUUAUCUAAGAAUAAACGAUCCUCGAAAUUCGAUCACCUCUCAUCGAAAAUCCCAAAGAAUUCAUCAAUAAUCGAAGAAUAUCGAAAUCGGAAGAAAAUUGAUAAAUUUAAACGAAAUUUAAAAUAUAUGCAGUAUUCGAUGAACAACCACUUGGAUUCAAAAUUAACCACUCAAAUUCUCGAUUAUAUUAAAGAAAGUGAUAAAACGAGGCGAGAAUUUUUUCAAAAUAUUCGGCAAGGACAGUGUGGUUCAAAGGAAUUGAAUCUUAGGAGGCUGAAGAAGAAAAAUACAUCCUUUUUCACGGACGAAGAUUUCAAUCAGGUUGGACAAAGUCAAAGUCAAAUGAAUAUGGUAGGCUAUGACUAA